AACUCAGAAGGUCAGACUAGAUAUUAUAUUAAAUGGAUUCUCCACCCAAAAGUGAUUUUUUCUUUUCUUUUACUCACCCUCAUGCCAUCUAACAUAAAUUUGACUUUCUUCUUUGGAAGACAAACAGAUGUUUAGAAAAACAAUCCACCUCUGAGUCAUGGAGUCAUCAGCUGAGGUUGUAGGGAUUGUUAUCAUGUUUGUUUUGUGUGGUUUUAGAAGCGUUGACUUUUGAGGGUCCCAUCCACUUCAAUUAUAAGAACUCGCAGCAAUAGAUUCUAAGCAUCUUGUUUUCCACAGAAGAGAGUCAAAUACAUCUGACACCAUGAGGAUGAGUAAAUGAUGAGAGAAUGUUCAUUUUUCGGUGGAAUGUAUAGAGUGCAAAUAAUUCAUUAACUCAAAAUGUAUAGUUAGACAUUUUUGAGAUCCCCUGGUUUUUCAAUAAAACUUUAAUACUUGAAACGAAACUAGUGAAAAUGGAAAUAAAAUGAAAAGUGUAAAUUGCUGUAUUAAAUUAGACCUGCCCAUGUUACAUCAUAUUUCUUAUUAAGCGUUACAGCGUUGUGCGUUAUAACAUCUCACACGGUUCUGUUGAGUAUUUAAAAAGCAACAGCCAAUCAGAAGCGUCCAGAUGAGUCAUCGCUGAAACACCAGAGUUCUCCCAACGUAAGGAAGAAAUUGCAGAAGUACCUAACGUACGACACCGGCGCUCCACCUAGAACAUUUUUCAGUUCCGUCCCCCUGUGAACAGCACAGCAUCACCACACACGACUCCACACCCUCUGAAGACCAGGCUACAGGUCAGUCAUGAUGGCACAUUCAGCUAUAAGUGUCCAGCCAGCCAUGAUGGUGACCACUAGUAAUGCGAUGUUAAACCAGUGGAGCAGCGGAGUGUGUGACUGCUGUGAAGACAUGGGUGUCUGUUGCUGUGGUUUCUGGUGUCCCUACUGCCUCAUGUGUAGGACCAGUGAAGAAUUUGGAGAGUGUCUCUGUCUCCCCCUGCUGGAGAUGUGCUUUGGUAGGAUUAUACCUCCUGUUACACUCUCCAUGAGGAGCAGUAUGAGAGAGAGAUUCCACAUUAAGGGUUCGAUACAGGAUGACUGCUGUGUGGUGACCUUCUGCACCAUGUGCGUCUGGUGUCAGAUGGCGAGAGAGCUGAAGGCUCGACGACACUCACUAGUGAUCAUUAACCCUGCCGUCAACCCGGUUCACCAGUCGGUGCAGGUUUUCAACCAGCCUCUGCAACCCAUCAAUCCUGCCUACUAAUGACCUCAGUGCACAUGAGCACACCUGCGGUCCUUUAACCCCAAGCUCCCCAAAGAGCAAAAUCUACUGUUUGGUUGAAAUAACAUAGUGACAUUUAUUCGUUAAUUUUAAUAUGUAUAUCUAGCAUACCUGUUUAACAAUGCCAAUAUUUUUUUACUGAACAAAACAAUAUUGCAUUUUUCUAAUUUUUCAGCACUUUUCUCUAUAAAGAAAUUGGCAAAUAUAGUUAAAACAUUUUAAUAGAAAGCAAUGAUUGGGUGUACACCUAUUUAAGUAAAUAAAUAAUAUAUUUCCUCAU